AUAUCGCGUGCUGAAGAUCGAUAUGGAAGUAAAAGAGCUUGCGAAGCGUGACAUUGCCAGCGGUUGUCACUUGCUGUCACGCUCAACUCUGGCUAGUGAUGAAGUCAACAGGCCAAGCACCUAACAUAUAUUUAGUAAUCAUUAACAUCGCUCUUCUUAACCGCAGCAGUGUCUCUGGAAAUUAGCAGACAUUUUGACUUUAUGAGCAUUAACGUCAGCCUAUAAGCUAGGUGUACACAUCCACAGUAACAAUGGUGAACAAAUAUUUGGUUUUUAUUUUUAUGUAGAAAAUUUAUGGAAUGAAUAAUUAACAACGUUUAUAACAUUUCUGAUAAAAACAAUUUAACGUGUGUUUAUAUGGAGAGAGGGAACCGACAUUGCAAAGUUUCCCCUAAGGAUCAGUGCUGACGAGACAUCGUUUUUUAACCCCCGGAAUCAGUGUUAACACGACAUCGAGUGCUUAACCUCCAGGACCAGAUAUCGCCUCUUACCUUUGGGACAAGCGUUAAGAUACUGCCUGCUUACCACACCACCAAGUGUUCGUGUAAUGUCCAGCUAGUAGCUUCUUGAAACAAUGUACAGCGACAGCCGUAUCUACCUAACGACGCUCGUCUGCAUACUCUCAGUCUUGCAGACAGCCAGUGCACAAUGUGGACCAUUGGAAGUGGGUAAUGACAACGCUUGUGUAGAUAUGAAGUGGUGUUUAUACAAGUUGUACAAAAACCCAAUGAACUGGGCAGACGCCAGACAGAUCUGCAGCCAGGAGGGUCACGAUUUGUUGAGGAUAACAGAUGCGGUUGAACACACCUAUCUGAAUUCAUUUCUCGUUACCUCUUUAGGCAUUGCCUCACCUGCAGUCCCUGUCGAUACUACCAUCUGGCUAGGCAUGCAGCAGAAUGCUGGUGACAACCCGCGCUGGCACAACGACUGUUCCACUCAGCCUGCCGGGUACAACCCGGUCCCUAAUGUUGCUGGCUCCAAUUGCUUCAUGUUGGAUAUAAUGGCUAACACCUAUGCGUAUGCGGACUGUUCUUCGUCUAAGAUGUUCCUUUGUAAAGCAAAGUCUUACGAGCUAUCCACCUGCUUCACCUCGGUAUCGACGAUGACUGAUGCCACACUUAGUGCUGGUACAUAUCAAGGAAUGACUGCUGCAACUGAUUGUGCCGGGAGGUGUUCAGAAGCCAAUUGUGUAGGUUACCGAUACUAUCCGAACUCGGCAUGCGUAUUAGGACUUGCUUCCCUAGGCAAGGUCUACACCAAAGGUGGUACAGACAAAUACAUGAAAG